AUUGAAAGUAGGGUUAGAUAUCAUAGUACCACAAAACAAUAUUAAAGAUGUUGAGCAUAUCACAAAAUUCUUAUUUACGUCAAUUUGGAUUAAAACAAUAUUUAAAACAUCAUAAUUUUCAUUCAAAAAGAAAUAUAUCAUCUAGUGUUACAAAAUAUAAGAGAAAUGUAAUAGAAAGUGAUAUAAAUAAAUUUAAAAAUGGACAAGUUAUUCAUGAUUUCAUAAUAGACAGAGUUGAAAAAAUAGAUGAAGUAUAUCUAACUGCAGUGCAACUGACUCAUUUGAUAACUGGAGCACAAUAUUUACAUCUAGCCAGAGAUGAUAGUAACAAUGUAUUUUCAGUUGGAUUUCGUACAACUCCGAAAGAUUCUACAGGUUUACCUCAUAUUUUAGAACAUAUUACUCUUUGCGGUAGUGAAAAAUAUCCAUGUCGAGAUCCAUUCUUCAAAAUGUUAAGAAGAUCAUUAGCAACAUUUAUGAAUGCCAUGACAGGACCUGAUUAUACCAUAUAUCCAUUUUCUACACAAAAUUUGAAAGAUUAUCAAAAUUUACAAUCAGUGUAUUUGGAUUCUGUGUUUAAACCUAAUUUGAGAGAACUUGAUUUCAAACAGGAAGGAUGGAGAUUAGAGCAUGCAGAUAUUAAUGAUAAAAAUUCACCUAUAAUUUUUAAAGGUGUAGUUUUUAAUGAAAUGAAAGGUGUCUUUAAUGAAAAUCAGACAAUAUUAGCUGAAGAAUUUUUAAAUCGUAUUUUACCUAGUCAUACAUAUUCAGUAAUUUCUGGUGGAGAUCCUCUUGUUAUUCCUACUUUAAAAUACAUUGAUUUACUAAAUUUUCAUCAAACAUAUUAUCAUCCUUCUAACUCUCGAUUCUAUUCAUAUGGCAACUUUCCUUUAGAAGAUCAUUUGAAAUUUAUUAAUGAUGAGUAUCUGUUUUCAAUGAAUAAGAUUGAUACAUCAAUGUCAGAAGUUCCUUCAGAAAAACGUUGGGACAGACCAAAGACAGAACAUAUUACAUGUAGGCCAGAUCCUUUAGCUGCAGAUCCUAGUCGACAAGGUAGCAUAGCUAUUGGCCAUUUGUGCAAUGAUAUCACUGAUAUACAGAAAACUUUUGAAAUACACAUUUUGUCUCAACUUCUCUUAAAAGGUCCAAAUUCAGCAUUUUAUAAAUCUUUAGUAGAAUCAAAAGUGGGAACUGCUUUUGGACCAAUGACGGGUUUUGAUUCUCACUGUAAAGAUACUAUGUUUGUCGUCAGUUUGCUUGGUGUUAAACCGGAAGAUUUUGAGAAAGUAGAAACAAUCUUUAAUGAAACUGUACAAAAAGUUAUCAAAGAAGGUUUUAAACAAGAUCAUGUUGAAGCUGUAUUACAAAAUAUCGAACUUCAAUUAAAACAUCAAACUUCCAAUUUUGGAUUGCAAUUACUAUUUAAUUUAACACCAUUAUGGAAUCACAAUGCAGAUCUUAUACAAUCAAUGAGAAUUAAUGAAGCAAUUAAAAAAUUUAGAGAAGGGAUGAAGAACAAUCUUAAAUAUCUUCAAGAAUUAGUACAAGCAUAUCUAAUGGAUAAUAAUCAUAGAUUGACAUUGACAAUGUUGCCAUAUGAAAAAUAUGAUCAUGAAAAAGCAAUUGCUGAACACAAACUAUUAGAAUCAAAAUUAAAACAACUAUCUAAAGAAGAAUUAGAUCAAAUUUAUGUGGAUGGAAAAAUUCUAAUUGAAGAACAACAAAAACAAGAAGAUGUAAAUGUGCUACCUACUUUAAAAAUAGAAGAUAUAAAAGAAGAUGUUGAACGAUACAAGUUGGAGGAUAUGAAAAUAGUUGAUGUUCCUUUACAAGUAGCUACUGAACCAACAAAUGGUGUUUGUUAUUAUCGAGGAAUACUUAGUACACAAGGAUUAGCACAAGAAUUAAAACCAUUAUUACCACUCUUCAAUAAUAUCAUCUCAAAAAUGGGUACAAAAAAUUAUGAUUAUAGAAAUUUUGAUCAAAUGAUACGAUUAAAAACUGGAGGGUUAUAUUUUAUGGAUCAUGUUAUUGAACAUAAAAAUAACUUACUACAGUAUGAAGAAGGGGUACUAAUAGAAUCAUAUUGUUUAGAUCAUAAUACAAAUGAUAUGUGGAAACUAUGGUUAGAAUUGUUUAAUAAUGUCACAUUAUCUGAUAUUGAAAGAUUUACAACACUUGUCAAAAUUAAUGCUGCGGAUUUGAUUAAUGGAAUUGCAAAUUUAGGACAUACUUAUGCCAUGAGUAGUGCAGCCAGCUUGGUUUCACCAGUUACUAAAUACAAGGAAACUUUAUCGGGAUUACAAUAUGUUUCAAGAAUGAAAAAAAUAGCACAAAUGUCAGAUUUAAGCCCUGUCUUAAGCCAAAUGCAAGAAAUAUCUGAUUAUAUUCUAAAUAAACAACAUUUGAGAUCAGCAAUAAAUUUAUGUAAAACUAGCAAGAACAUAAUAUUAGAGAGUAUUACUGAAUUUUAUAGUUCAUUGAAAGGCACACCUAAAAAUACAUAUACCUUUACGCAUGAUCAAAAUAUUGAACUAGGAAAUAAUGCUAUUCAUUAUGUAUUACCAUAUUCUGUAAAUUAUACAGCUAAAGCAAUUUUUACUGUACCAUACACAAAUCCAGAUUUUGCACCUUUACGGGUACUUUCAAAAUUGAUCACAUCCCUUUAUCUACAUCCAGAAAUUCGAGAAAAAGGUGGAGCUUAUGGAGGUGGUGCUAUAUUAUCGUCAGACGGAAUUUUCGCAUUUUACUCUUAUAGAGAUCCAAAUUCUACUCGUACUUUAGACUUAUUUGAAAAAGCUUAUGACUUCAUUUUGAAGCAUCCAUUAUCGCAAAAUGAUAUUGAUGAAGCAAAAUUAGGAAUAUUUCAACAUUUUGAUGCACCAAUUUCUCCAAGUAAUCGUGGAAUGAUUAAAUUUAAAUACAAUUUAACAGAUGAUAAUAUUCAAGAACAAAGACUAAGAUUGAAAGCUGUAACUAAAGAUCAACUUAUACUUGUUGCUAAUAAAUAUUUACUACCUGAUCAGGAACAUAUUAGAGUAGGACGAGCAUUAAUUGGUCCAGUUAAUCAUGAUCUGUUAAAUAGACAUUCAGAAAAUUGGAGGAUCCAAAAUCAAAAAGAAGAAAUUCGAGCAAGAGCAGCUGAAUGA